AUGAUCUGUAAAGCAGCUGGUGAAGCCCAAUUAAAUAAUAUUAAAGUCAAAGGUACAGAGGGAGAAGAAGAGACGUAUGUGACUGUUAUAAAGGCAGAAGAUAUAGAGGGAGAAGAAGAGACGUAUGUGACUGAUAUAAAGGCAGAAGAUAUAGAGGGAGAAGAAGAGACGUAUGUGACUGUUAUAAAGGCAGAAGAUAUAGAGGGAGAAGAAGAGACGUAUGUGACUGAUAUAAAGGCAGAAGAUAUAGAGGGAGAAGAAGAGACGUAUGUGACUGAUAUGAAGGCAGAAGAUAUAGAGGAAGAAGAAGAGACGUAUGUGACUGAUAUGAAGGCAGAAGAUAUAGAGGGUGAAGAAGAGACGUAUGUGACUGAUAUGAAGGCAGAAGAUAUAGAGGGAGAAGAAGAGACGUAUGUGACUGAUAUAAAGGCAGAAGAUAUAGGGGGAGAAGAAGAGACGUAUGUGACUGAUAUAAAGGAAGAAGAUAUAGGGGGAGAAGAAGAGACGUAUGUGACUGAUAUGAAGGCAGAAGAUAUAGAGGAAGAAGAAGAGACGUAUGUGACUGAUAUGAAGGCAGAAGAUAUAGAGGGAGAAGAAGAGACGUAUGUGACUGAUAUGAAGGCAGAAGAUAUAGAGGGAGAAGAAGAGACGUAUGUGACUGAUAUAAAGGCAGAAGAUAUAGGGGGAGAAGAAGAGACGUAUGUGACUGAUAUGAAGGCAGAAGAUAUAGAGGAAGAAGAAGAGACGUAUGUGACUGAUAUAAAGGCAGAAGAUCUAGAGGGAGAAGAAGAGACGUAUGUGACUGAUAUAAAGGCAGAAGAUCUAGAGGGAGAAGAAGAGACGUAUGUGACUGAUAUAAAGGCAGAAGAUAUAGAGAGAGAAGAAGAGACGUAUUUGACUGAUAUAAAGGCAGAAGAUAUAGAGGGAGAAGAAGAGACGUAUGUGACUGAUAUAAAGGAAGAAGAUAUAGGGGGAGAAGAAGAGACGUAUGUGACUGAUAUGAAGGCAGAAGAUAUAGAGGGAGAAGAAGAGACGUAUGUGACUGAUAUAAAGGCAGAAGAUCUAGAGGGAGAAGAAGAGACGUAUGUGUGGGGUGAUCAGAAUUGUAAGGAGGAGGAAAUCCCUACAGAUAUCGGCACAGAUGGACACACAAGCAGGAAUAUCUCAGAAGGACAUCUAAUGUUAUCCCCGGAUUGUGACAUAAAAGAUAAUGACAGUAGACAGGAUUCUCCAGGAGCUAACCCCAUUACCCCAAUUAUACAUCCAGCUCUAUCAGCUGGUCCCUCUGAUCCUGGGAAAUGUUCUCCUGAUCACUCUGAUAUUGGUGCAUCUGUUACAGCUCUGAGAGUAGAUACAGUGUUUCCGUGUUCUAUAGAUGCCAAAUGUUUUACACAGAACACAAAGCUUAUUAACCCACACACAGGUAAAAUAGGUGAAAGGCCACUGAUAUGUUCUGAGUGUGGGAAAUGUUUUACAUACAAAUCGCAUCUUGUUAGACAUCAGAAAAGUCACACAGGUGAGAGGCCAUUUCCAUGUUCUGAGUGUGGGAAAUGUUUUGCACACACAUCAGAUCUUGUUAGACAUAACAGAAGUCACACAGGUGAGAAGCCAUUUUCUUGCUCUGAGUGUGGGAAAUGUUUUAUCCAGAAAUCACAUCUUGUUCUACAUCACAGAAGUCACACAGGUGAGAAGCCAUUUCUAUGUUCUGAGUGUGGGAAAUGUUUUGCGCACACAUCAGAUCUUGUUAUACAUCAGAGAAGUCACACAGGUGAGAAGCCAUUUUCUUGCUCUGAGUGUGGGAAAUGUUUUAUCCAGAAAUCACAUCUUGUUAUACAUCAAAGAAGUCACACAGAUAAGAAGGCAUUUCCAUGUUCUGAGUGUGGGAAAUGUUUUACACACAAAUCAGGUCUCGUUAGACAUAACAGACAUCACACAGGUGAGAAGCCAUAUCCAUGUUCUGAGUGUGGGAAAUGUUUUGCGCACGCAUCAGAUCUUGUUAUACAUAAGAGAAGUCACACAGGUGAGAGGCCGUUUUCUUGCUCUGAGUGUGGGAAAUGUUUUAUACAGAAAUCACAUCUUGUUAUACAUCAAAGAAGUCACACAGGUGAGAAGCCAUUUCCAUGUUAUGAGUGUGGGAAAUGUUUUAUAUACAAAUCACAUCUUGUUAUACAUCAGAAAAUUCAUACAGGUGAGAAACCAUUUCCAUGUUCUGAGUGUGGGAAAGGUUUUACAAACAAAUCGCAUCUUGUUAGACAUCAGAGAAGUCAUACAGGUGAGAAGCCAUUUCCAUGUUCUGAGUGUGGGAAAUGUUUUGCAUUGAAAUCAAAUCUUGUUACACAUCAGCAAAGUCACAAAGGUGAGAAGCCAUUUCCAUGUUCUGAGUGUGGGAAAUGUUUUGCACAAAAAUCAGAUCUUGUUAUACAUAAGCGAAGUCACAGGUGAGAAGCCAUUUCCAUGUUUUGAGUGUGGGAAAUGUAUUGCACACAAAUCAGAUCUCAUUAAACAUGAGAGAAGUCACAGGUGAGAAGCCGUUUUCUUGCUCUGAGUGUGGAAAAUAUUUUACAUGGAAAUUAAAGCUUUUUACAUAUCGGAGAACUCACACAGGUGAGAGGCCAUUUUAUUGCUAUGAGUGCAAAAUGUUUUACACGGAAAUCACAACGUGUUACACAUCAGCGAAGUCACACAGGUGAGAAGCCAUUUACACUCUGAGAAAUAAAUCAGCACAAUAGACAA